AUGACAGAUGUUCAAACAACCCAAUUAAAGACCGUAAAGGACACCAAUAUAGAAUGUAAAGAAUCACCGUUCUAUGGGCGAUGUCGUGAUGUUGAGGAUUUUGAAAAACUGAAUCGAGUGGGUGAAGGCACUUAUGGUGUUGUUUAUCGAGUAAAAGAUACAAAGACAAAGCAAAUUGUUGCCUUGAAGAAGAUAAGAAUGGAAAGAGAAACUGAUGGAAUGCCAAUUAGCAGUUUGAGAGAAAUAAGCAUAUUAAAACGAAUGAAGCAUCCCAACAUUGUCAAUGUCAUCGAUGUUGCAGUAGGACCACGCUUAGAGUCAAUCUAUCUCGUGAUGGAAUAUUGUGAACAGGACUUAGGAACACUAUUAGAUAUGGUUACUAUACCCUACACAGCAUCAGAAAUAAAAUGCUUAAUGCUUCAACUAUUGCGAGGUCUCGAAUACUGUCACAGCCAUUCCAUCAUUCAUCGAGACUUGAAAAUGUCCAACCUUUUACUCACAUCCAGUGGUAUCUUAAAAAUAGCUGACUUUGGACUAGCCAGAACCUUCAGCUUACCUAGUAAACCAAUGACACCUAACGUUGUCACUCUUUGGUACAGAGCACCCGAAGUGCUCUUGGGUGAUACACAUUACACACCUGCUAUUGAUCUGUGGUCAGCGGGCUGUAUCAUGGGCGAACUGAUGCAACAUAAACCAUUGUUACCAGGCAACACAGAUCAAGAGCAACUGGAUUAUAUUAUCAAAUUGUUGGGUACACCUAGUGAGACUAUCUGGCCUGGGUUCAAUAAGCUUCCAGGAACGAAAUUAUUAAAGUUUCAAAAUCAAACGUUUGAUAGCAUCAAGAGUGUCUUUCCUCGAUUUUCUGAGAAUACUCAAGGCUUACUGGCCGGACUGUUGACAUACAAUCCAAAGGCUAGACUCACCGUGAGGCAGGCAUUAAAUCAUCCUUAUUUCCAAGAGUCGCCCAGAGGUAAGGAUAAUAAUAUAUUACAAAAAUCUUAUGCUUGA